AUGCUCUCCCUCAACGGAACCGCAUUUACAAACUACGGCUGGGCAGUCUGUUUUUGGUCCUUGAUCAUACCCUUCCAGUAUGGCUAUCAUAUCUCUGUCCUCAACCAGAUCCAGGGGGUCCUCACCUGCAAAGUAACUGCUGUUCCCGACGCCCUUCAUGCCCUUUCUCCCUGUAUACCCAUGUCCGAUCUCACCUUUUCUCUCGUCACAUCCAUCUUCACUCUCGGUGGUCUGGCUGGUAGUCUCGUCGCCAACCUCGUCAUGGAUCGCUGGGGUCGCCGUGGUACCAAUCGCAUAUGCACUGUCUUCAUGGCCGUUGGUGCCCUCUUUAUGGGUCUUAGCAAUUCAGUCUUCUUUCUCUUGUUGGGCAGAUUUGCUAUUGGCAUCGCGUCAGGCCUUGGUCUUUGUGUCGGCCCUAUAUUCCUCUCAGAAAUUGCACCCUCCAAAAUAAGCGGCAGUAUUGGCGUACUCACACAGCUAGCCGUUGUCUUGGGUAUCAUGUUCACUCAAAUUGCAGGCAUAAACUUGGCUUAUCCAUCUCAGUGGCGCAUCGUCUUUUUCAUCUCUUUUUGUCUUGCCGUCUUCCAAUUUAUAUCCAGCUCUCUAGUAGUCGAGUCUCCCGCUUUCUUGUUGGCAAACCAGCGGCUAGAGGAACAAAAGACCGCUGCAAGAAGACUUUGGGGCAACACUAUCCCUUCUUUAGCUUGCAAGUUAAAUUUGCAUUCACCUAAAUAUAUGCUAAUUGUCCACAUAGCUGAGGAAUCCCUCUUGAACGAGUCUGAUGAUGAGCCUCCCGCACCAGCUCAGGAAAAUGUCAGGGUUCCCCAACUCUUUUCCAUGUUAGAAUUACGAAAGCCUUUGAUGAUCGUCAGUUUGGUCAUGGUUGCUCAGCAAAUAUCUGGCAUCAAUGCAGUACUCUACUACAGCAACGCCAUACUGGCCAAAUCUCUUCCUGAAUUUGGUUCUUAUAUCUCUCUAGGUAUCACUAUCAUUAAUAGGAUGGGAAGAAAACCUCUUCUUGCCACUUCAUUUUCCGGUGCCUUGUUUUCUCUCAUCGCGCUUGGUUUUGCAUUAGGGUCUGGCGCUACGACCUUGUCAAGCGUUGCAAUCAUUACAUUUGUAAUGUCCUUUGCUGUUGGACUGGGUCCUGUACCAUUUGUCAUGAUUCCAGAGGUGUCUCCCCCACGUCUUUCGGAGCAACAUGGAAUUGACACAUAUCUUCACUUCAUACGACGCCUCAUCGUUCAUACACAACCGCGCCUACUUCUAAUCCCGCCCGCAUCUGCAUUCGAGUCAUCGAUAAAUCUCACCUUCCGUCUCCUUGUUCAGGAAACACAGCGCCUUGCUCGAGACCCGUUUUUGGCGGAUAGAUUUCGGGACGCAGUGGGUGGGGGGGAGGGGGACGUCUUCAGGCAUUUUGAUUUCGCGCGAUUUGUAGAUCGCAUUGGCUUGCGACCGUUGGAGAGGGUCGUUCUGGCGGCAUCAAUAAUAGCGGGCCAGACACGCAAGGAGCUGGCCACACAGGCAGCAGUCAUGGUUCGGACCGAAUUUGACAACGCUGCUCUGGAGCUCGCCCAAUCACCCCCACUCGAACACGCCAAUUUCGAUUCGGAACAAAUCUCGAAGCUGAUGUCCAACCUUUUGUCCGAUAUUCCUCAAGAUGCUCCUAUUUUGGAUGCCAACCAACGUCAGACGCUUAUCAUUGCUGCACAAACCAAAGUGGGAAAAGAGGCGCUUGGACCAAUUCUGCGCCGUAUUUUUGCAAAACUGAGCCUUCCUCCUGCAACGUCACUAGUAGAGGUGUUGAUACAACUUGGCCCUGAAAUAACAAGCGACCCAGAGAUAGUCAAGGCUUUGCUGGAACGCUUUGGUAUCACAGACUCAAAUCCUCCCCGUGACGAUCAGGUGGUGGAAAUCGUAUCGACUCUCUCGCAACUUGCAGGGGAGGGUGCUGUAAUCUGUGAUGUUGGAGCUUUCGUUCGUGCACUUGUCAGCUAUAAUGUCCCGCUUAAUUGGCCCGGUGUCAUCAAGUCUUUUGAUUGGCCAGACCGACACGGUGUUGACACAGCGACUCUCAAAAUGCUUAUUGCCAUUCUUUUGAAUUCACCACGCGAUGCCGACCCGCAUGCCGUGACCGGAUUCUGGCAGACUUGGUCAAACCCCCUCUAUCAGCUCCGACUUCUUGAUGCGCUUCUUUCUCUUCCGGCAGACACAUUCAACUUUGUCCAGCUGCCUGGGCGAAGGAUCGUCACUGUCGAUGACGUUUCAAUUGCCAGUCCGACCAUCAAGUCCCUUGCUGCCAAUGUGCAGGGCCAGACAUGGAAUUCUCUGGAACUGUUCCAGGUUCUAGUCCGUCUGGCUGGAUCGGAAGCUCUCGAGGUUCGAAGCUGUGUUCGCGAGAUGUUGGACAAGGCGAUUAAAAUUAGUGCUGAGAUUGUUCAUAUGGGCUUGUUACAAGUACCGGAUUUACCGUGGAAUGACAUUCGCCUCGAGUAUUCUCGCAAGUUGUUGGGGAUGUUCUUGGCCGGACAUCCAAACCAUCAGCUUGUCUUUAUGAGAAUAUGGCAAAUUGAACCCUCUUACCUGACGAAUGCAUUCCGCGAUUUCUAUGACGAAAAUAACCUCAACAUCACCCGCAUUCUCGAUGUCGCUCAAGAUCUCAAGAUCCUUGAGUCAUUGCUCGAAGUUCGACCCUUUACAUUUGCCCUAGAUGUAGCAGCUCUUGCUUCUCGCCGCGAAUACCUCAACCUUGAUAAAUGGCUGGCCGACAAUGUGACUGCCUAUGGGACAGAAUUCCUCCACUCGGUCAUCCGUUUCUUGGAACAAAAGAUGGAAAGCGAAAAGCUUUGUCGUUUGUCAGACCCGCCUAUGGAGAGUCGAACAAUGGCCCUUAAUCCAACAACAAUCACUAUCAUUCUGCGUGUCCUCCGUCACAAUUCCUCCCUUCUCAAUGAAAAUGAUCUAGCAGCCUGUGUCGGUGUCCGCGACUCCUGCCUCCAAAUCCACCCCCGCCUCAUGUCCAUGUCCCCCAAUAACGAUUCCGACACCGGAAUGACCGUCAUCACAUAUUCCAACGAGAUCGAAACCGAAGUUGACGGCAUUUAUAAACAAAUGUACGAUGAGAACAUAUCCAUUGAUGAAGUCAUUACCAUGCUUCAACGAUACAAGGAAUCCAAUAACCCUCGCGAUCACGAAGUCUUCUCCUGCAUGAUCCAUUUCCUCUUCGACGAAUACAAGUUCUUCCAAUCCUAUUACCCCCCUCGUGAAUUGGCCAUGACUGGCUAUCUAUUCGGCUCUCUCAUCCGCCACAGCCUUAUAGACUACAUGCCACUCACCAUUGCGAUACGCUACAUCAUAGACGCCCUACACUGCCCACCUGAAACCAACCUUUUCAAGUUCGGUAUGCAGGCGCUUAGUCGGUUUGAAUCAAGGUUGAAGGAAUGGCGCCCCGUUUGCGAGAGCUUGCUCCAAAUACCCCACUUUGUCGAGGCUCGUCCUGACCUCGCAGCUGCUAUGCAGAGAAUUCUGAGCUCGCCUGGAGAUCCCGCGGACAAUGUAUCUGAUUCCCACCUCAUGCUUUCCAACCCACCUUACGAUUCGUCACCGCCCUUCUCGUCGAUUCAGCCAGAUGUAAUUUCGGAGCCCCUUGAAGUGCCUCCGGAAGAACUGUCUGAUCGUAUCCUCUUCAUCGUCAAUAACCUUGCCCCUAACAACUUUGACUCCAAAGUGAAAGAAAUGCGGGAACAGUUUGUUGACCAGUAUUCCCGUUGGUUCGCCAAUUAUUUGGUUGACCAACGAAUCAGCACUGAACCCAAUAACCAUCCCCUUUACCUUCGCUUUUUGGACGCUUUGGAUCGUCAGCCCUUGUUCAAGUUCAUUCUCCAGGAGACUUUUAUCAAAGCUGCCGCCCUUCUCAACUCUGACAGGAGUAUCGCAGGUUCCGACCGUAAUGCUCUCAAAAAUGUUGGUACUUGGCUCGGCACGAUUACUCUCGCGCGAGAUCAACCUAUCAAACACAAAAACUUGUCCUUCAAAGAUCUUCUCAUUGAAGGUUAUGAAAGUGGUCGUCUUGUCGUCGCAAUUCCUUUUGUCUGCAAAACACUCGAACCCUGUGCCAAAUCGAAGGUUUUCAAGCCGCCAAAUCCCUGGUUGAUGGCUGUCAUUAGCUUGCUUGCUGAACUGUAUCACUUUGCAGAACUCAAGUUGAAUCUCAAGUUUGACAUUGAAAUUCUCUGCAAGGGACUUGAUAUUGAUCUCGAUGCAGUUGAGCCAACGAUGAUCUUGCGCAACAGGCCAUUGGAUUCGAUGACAGGACUUCCUCUUCCAGAAUACACUCCGGAUAUCAGCCUUCUUCCUAUUGGCAACGAGAAUCCCGCAGGUCAGAUUGGCGAUUCUCAGAUCUUGGUUCUCGGAGGGCAAGGUUCUCCCGAAUCUCAAAGAGCACUCACUGCGCAUAUUGAAGCCAUUCUUGGCAAUCUUAUGCAUCUUGUGCAUAUAAACGGUCAACUCGCGCCCUAUGACAACAAUGCCACUUUCAAACGUGCCGUUCAACACGCAGUUGAUCGAGCGGUUCGUGAGAUCAUUCUUCCUGUUGUUGAGCGUUCCGUCACGAUUGCGGGCAUUUCUACCAGAGAAUUGGUAUCCAAGGACUAUUCUACUGAGCCAAACGAAGAAAAGCUCCGCAGGGCCGGACAUCUUAUGGCACAAAAGUUGGCGGGAAGUUUGGCUCUGGUCACUUGUAAAGAACCCUUGAAAAGUAACCUGGCUACUCAUCUUCGCCAAUCUCUUGCCGACGCUGGAUUCGGAGCAGUGGCUGACUCGGCCGUUAUCCUUCUCGUUCAAGACAAUCUUGAUAUUGCAUGUGCUGCUAUCGAGAAGGCUGCCAUGGAGCAGGCAGUUACGGAUGUUGACGAUGGCUUUAGAACUUCCUAUGAAGUUCGCAGACGUCAUCGCGAGCUUCGGAAUGGGCAACCUUUCUGGGACCCGUCUGUUUCUCAUUCAGCCUUUACAUCGUCUCUUCCGGAUCCUUUGCGUAUCAAACCAACUGGAGUUCAACCUCUUCAAGCAGCUGUAUACGAAGAUUUUGGUAAUUAUUUCUCAACUACAUAUAUGCAACAAAUAUGUGAUUCUCCAUCCUUGGAUCAUGCUCUUAACCAAGGCAUUCACAGCCACCAAGACGCAAUGGAACGAUUCUCGAUUCUUACUCGCGACCUUGAGGCUGUCAUGCUUCAAUACCCAAACCAGUCGUUGGCCAACCUCCCCCCCAACCAUGAUAUCCGUCAUCUUGUUCGCCAAAUCAUGCUUCUUGCGGAAGAUUCUGCAAACAGAGAACCCACUCCUCUAAUGAUGUCGCAAAAAAUUGUACAAUUACUGUAUAAGACCAACUCGCCCCUCGGAAGGGAAGUCUACGUCGCCUUACUGGAUCAACUUUGUCGUAUGUUUGAAGAUGUCGCCAAGGAGGCCAUUACAUGGCUAUUAUAUGCAGAAGACGAGCGAAAGUUCAAUGUUCCUGUCACCGCAACAUUGUUAAGAAGCGGACUCAUCAAUGUGACCUUGCAAGACCAACAAUUGGCGAAGCUGUUGUACGAUGAUCCUCGACAAAUUCUUAUGUCUUUCGCUGCCAACCUCAUUCGUGAAUGCCUAUCGUCGGACCCUCCAGUGGCAACGCAAGGACAAUUCGCAUACUCCAUUGAGAUGCUCACUCAGCUUGCUGCCGCCGGGAAGGGUAACGAAGAUGUCAACAGGCUCGUUGAUGACCUCAGGGGUAUCAGAAGGUCCUCUGGUCCAAUGUCCCCUGAUGUAGCAUUUGCCCUCCAACCCCAAGUCAAGGCAGAAAAUGAUCAACUUCGUGAAAAGCUGUUCAUCUGGUUCCAGCAAUGGAUCACUAUCUUCCAACGGUCGCACUCUCCUGAGAAGAGUUUCGUUCCCUUUAUCACCCAAUUGACAAAGCAGGGAAUUUUGAAAGUAGAAGACGUGUCUUCUUUCUUCUUUAGAGUAUGCGCAGAAACGAGUGUCAACAGCUAUAUCAAGAACGUGGCUGCAGGAGAACUUGAUUACGCUUUCCAACCACUGGAUGCGAUGUCGAGGCUCAUUGUUUACAUCAUCAAGUACCACGGAGAUGCGUCCGGUGUCAACAAUAAUCAAGCCAAAGUUCAUUAUUUGACAAAGAUUUUAUCCAUCUUUGUCCUCGUGCUUGCAAGCGCACACGAAGAUCAAGGCCCUAAUUUCCAGCAGAAGCCUUUCUUCCGCUUUUUCUCAAGCUUGGUCAACGAUCUUCAUAGCAUAGAGAGCCACCUCGGUCCUGUGUACUUCCAGCUGCUAAUUGCUAUCAGUGACACUUACAGCUCCCUGCAACCCACAUAUUUCCCUGGAUUUGCCUUCUCGUGGAUGUGUCUCAUAUCUCACAGGCUCUUUAUGCCCAAGUUACUGUUGUCAGCAAAUCGCGAGGGAUGGUCUGCUUUCCACAAGUUGUUAUUGUCACUGUUCAAAUUCUUGGCACCUUUCUUAAGGGAUGCCGACCUCCAGGUGGCUGCCCGUGACCUCUAUCGUGGUGCUCUGAGGCUCUUGCUUGUUCUCCUUCAUGAUUUCCCAGAGUUCCUCAGCGAGUAUUACUUUACUCUCUGCGAUGCAAUUCCCCCAAGAUGCAUCCAACUUCGAAACAUCAUCCUCAGUGCCUUCCCCCCAGCCAUCGUCCUCCCCGAUCCUCAUCUCCGCAACAUCAAAUUCGACGCCAUUCCCGAAAUGGGACCAAUCCCCCCCAUUCUUUCUGAUUUCGCCUCUGGUCUGAAGACAGGUGAUCUACGUGGUUACCUGGACCAAUAUCUGCUUAACCGUGGCAACCCAUCGUUCCUUCCUUCCCUGAAGGAUCGGCUCAAGGUGAAGAGCAAUGAUUCGACUGAAAAUUACAAUCUGUCGUUGGUCAACUCCCUUGUCAUGUACAUUGGGGUUUCAUCUGUUGCUCAGGCCAAAGCCAGAAGCGGCUCCUCGCUUUUCGUCGCCACUGAUCCAGGUGUGGUAGCAUUGCAAUACCUCGUUAUUAACCUUGACGUCGAAGGUCAACAUCACCUUUUGACUGCAAUGGUUCUUCACCUUCGCUAUCCAAAUGCCCACACACAUUGGUUCAGCUCUCUUCUUCUCCACCUGUUCCUGGAGGUGAACGACGAUCGCUUCCGCGAAGUUAUGACCAAAGUUCUUCUUGAACGCUUCAUUGUCCAUCGACCCCACCCAUGGGGUGCACUUGUGACGUUCAUUGAGCUGUUGCGGAACCCAAAAUACGAUUUCUGGAGCAAAGAUUUCAUCCGAAUCGGACCAGAGGUUACGAUGCUGCUCGAAAGUGUAGGCGCAUUUUUCUAA